AUGAGUGCCAAGAGUGUGGGAAAAGACUCCCUGGGAAGGGUGACCUCACCAAGUACACCCACACACUCUGGAGGAAGACCUCAUGAAUGCCGUGAGUGUGGCAAAAAGUUCAGUAAGAAGAGUGCCCUCAACACACACACCCUGACACACACUGGAGAAAGACCUCAUGAAUGCCAUGAGUGUGGCAAAACGUUCAGGUUUAAGGGUGACCUCAACAGACACACCCUUACACACACUGGUGAAAGACCUCAUGAAUGUCAUGAGUGUGGCAAAAAGUUUAGUAAGAAGAGUGAUCUCAACAGACAUACCCUUACACAUACUAGUGAAAGACCUCAUGAAUGUCAUGAGUGUGGCAAAAAGUUCAGUAAGAAGAGUGACCUCAACACACACACCCUUACACACACUGGCGAAAGACCUAGACCUCAUGAAUGCUGUGAGUGUGGCAAAAAGUUCAGGAUUAAGAGUGUCCUUAACACACACACCCUUACACACACUGGUGAAAGACCCCAUGAAUGCCAUGAGUGUGGCAAAAAGUUCAUUCAGAAGAGUCACCUCAACACACACACCCUUACACACACUGGUGAAAGACCCCAUGAAUGUCAUGAGUGUGGCAAAAAGUUCAGUGUUAAGAGUGACCUCAACAAACACACCCUUACACACACUGGUGAAAGACCCCAUGAAUGCCAAGAGUGUGGCAAAAAGUUCAGUGUUAAGAGUGACCUCAACAAACACACUCUUACACACACUGGUGAAAGACCUCAUGAAUGCCAUGACUGUGGCAAAGAGUUCAGUUUUAAGAGUGACCUCAACAAACACACUCUUACACACACUGGUGAAAGACCUCAUGAAUGCCAUGAAUGUGGCAAACAGUUCGGUCACAAGGGUAACCUUGACACACACAUACUUACACACACUGGUGAAAGACCUCAUGAGUGCCCUAAGUGUGGCAAAAAGUUCAGGAAGAAGGGUAACCUCAACUCACACAUACUUACACACACUGAAGAAAGACCUCUUGAAUGCCGUGAGUGUGGCAAAAAGUUCAUUCAGAAGAGUGCCCUCAACAGACACACCCUUACACACACUGGUGAAAGACCUCAUGAAUGCGACGAGUGUGGCAAAAAGUUCUUUUCUAAGUCUGCUUUGAACAGCCACAUCUUUAGACACUCUGGCCUGAGAGAGUUCAAGUGUGAUGUUUGUGGCAAGCAUUUCAAGACUAAGCCGGAUAUUGCCCAACACCUGAAGAUCCACUUCCCCUGAGGUGUUUGUGUGUGCUGCAGCGCGUCCAGCCCACCGGGCAAUGUUUUGGGUGGACCCAUGUGGACCUAAGGCAAGUUAUGGGCCGCUGCGGGGAAGGGGUGGAGCCAAGCCAUUGCCGUCGCGAUAUAGAGAAGGCCUGACAGCUCAAAUUAUGAGUCAUCCAGGUUAGGUCGAGUGUGUCCCGCGCUCUCCAAUAAAAUGUUUUUUUUUUUUGGUUUUAAUGCAUAUCAUUGUGAAAAUAUAUUUUUUCUGUGAUAAAUAAAUGUUUUCCAACAUUAAUAUCUUACAAACACUAUCAAAUUAGACAAAAAAAAGAGGAAAUAAAUAAGAUAUAGUAUAAGGAGAGGGAGAAAUAUUCAUAAAAAAUAAAUUACAUUGACAGCCGUAGCUGGAUACUCCUAUUAGUUUGAUUUGUCACCAUUUCUAAAUAUCUCUGACAUUCAUAAAGCUGUCGUUACAAUUACUAUAUUCAACAAGCCGAUCCUCCAUCCCGAUACUAGGUAACUCAGUCACCUGGUAUCUGGCAACUACGAGUGAGGGGGCUGCUACCUCGGAGGAAGAAUACAUGUGGCCUUUACGAAGAGUCAUGAAGAUCGAGCCGCGUACCUUCCCUUCGACAAUGUAGGCAAGGCCUCAGACCAUACCUUCAAUCCAUCCCACAAGUUGCUUGGGAAGGUAAAGUAGGAUACACAGUGCAGCCUACUUUCCAGCUACCAGAUAUAAUGCACACACACACACAACAUUUAACAGCUAUUUUGGGAGGCAAGAGCGAUCAGCUGAGCCCCUGCCCCCUGAUGAUGGCUGGCCCGUGCCUCCCGUCUUCAUAUCACAAUCUAAGUGAAUAUGCAAAAAAUCUGGAGUGAGGCAAGGGAACGUUAUAUAACUAGCCAUUAGGCUGCCAAAUGAUGAUGGACAUACAGUAUAUACAUUUAUUAUCAAACUUCAAGAUAUAUUUGAUGAUAAGAACAAUGAGUAUAUGACUAAUUUAACCCCGGACAUCCCCGGGCGGUGUUUAGUAAGAGCAUAAGAACGUAAGGGGUUCACAAAAAGCCCACUACCCUAUACUUGGCAGCCCCUGUCUACCUAUCGCGAGUGGCAGUGUAGUACCUAUCAGUAACAGUAAUAGAGGGCCACUUACACCCACACCCACAGUAAUAGAUGGACACUAACACCCACACAGUAAUAGAUACACUAACACCCACACCCACACAGUAAUAGAUGGGCCACUAACACCCACACCCACACAGUAAUAGAUGGACACUAACACCCACACCCACACAGUAAUAGAUACACUAACACCCACACCCACACAGUAAUAGAUGGGCCACUAACACCCACACCCACACAGUAAUAGAUGGACACUAACACCCAC